AGUUCAAAACCAAAUUUGCUGCAGAUCGGACGCAAAGUUUUCAAACGGACUUCAAAGGAUAUAUAUUCAUAAAAUGAGUAACCUGGGAUCAAUACUGCUCCUUCUGCUCAUCAUCUGUAUCGAACGCUCGCGACAGCAACGCUUCUCGCAUCCCGAAUCCUGGACGGAUAAUGGGAUUUACGUUCCCGGUUCGGAGGACGACCUGGACUGGACGGGCGCCAAUUGGCAGCUGGUGGUCCGCUUUCUGAUGCAGCGCCAGCAGCUGCGUUUCUGCAUCGCACUGGCCAGAUUCGAUGAGCAAUUGGUGCCCGGCACAGCCUGCCAGGCUCUUUUGGCCAACGGCCCGCUUAUGGCCAACUGCGAUAUUGGCAACAUCGAGGAUCUGACCAUGACCUUGCGCUAUGCCUUCGGCGAAAUUCUGCUGGACACAAGUCGAAAAUGCCGUCCUGGCUUGGAGCUAUUCGGAGUUCGCUGCAGGCGGAGGGCAUAACCUGGGGAAAGGUUUUAUUAAAUAUUUUAACUUUAAUUUUAAAAAUACUAGUACAGUUUCAACAAU